AUGUCUUUUGGAUCAGGCGGAUUCGGUCAAGCUGGAGGUGGCGGCGGUUUCGGCGCGGGUGGCUUCACUGCCUCUGCUGGUUCCAACAAUACAUCUUCUGGCGGCUUCGGUGCUGCUAAAGCUCCUGAGAAUUCGGGAGGCGGCUUCGGACAAAGCUCCGGUGGUGGUGGAGGCUUUGGAGGCUCAAGCGGCGGCGGAGGCUUCGGCGGCUCAGGCGGUGGCGGCGGCUUCGGCGGCUUCGGCGGCUCAGGCGGUGGCGGCGGCUUCGGCGGCUCAGGCGGUGGCGGCGGCUUCGGCGGCUCAGGCGGAGGUGGAUUCGGCGGUGGUGGCAACACUGGCGGCGAACGUCCGCGUGGUUGCUUCAAUUGCGGUGAAGAAGGCCAUCGAAGUGCUGACUGCAGCAAGCCUCGCAAGCCCCGCGAAGGUGGUGGAUCAUCAGCCUGUUUCAACUGCGGCAACGAGGGCCAUCGAAGCGCGGACUGCCAAGAGCCAAGGAAACCACGUCCGAUGAACUGCUUCAACUGUGGCCAAGAUGGACAUCGCAGCUCUGACUGCUCGGAACCCAGGAAGCCCCGCGAAGAGUUCUAUUUACAACCGCCUGGUAGGAAUCCGGAUUUGGCGGCGGCGGUGGCAGUUUUGGAGGAGACUCUGAGCGUCCACGCGGUUGCUUCAACUGCGGUCAAGAAGGCCAUCGAAGUUCUGACUGUACGGAGCCAAGAAAGCCACGCGAAGGCGGAAGUGGCUGCUUUAACUGCGGCCAGGAGGGUCAUCGGAGCGCGGAAUGCCCUGAGCCAAGGAAGCCGCGCGAGGGCGGUGGAGGUAUUUUUUUUAUCGGACUGGUAUAAUGUGAUCAUAGCUUGCUUCAACUGCGGACAGGAAGGUCACCGUAGCGCCGAUUGCCCAGAGCCAAGGAAGCCUCGUGAAGAUGGUGCCCCGCCUCCGAGUGACUAUGUGCCCGUCGACACCCCUGACGAAGAUCUGUUCCGUCUAAAGAUCGAUGCCGGUGCUCGCUUCAGUGAAAUGUUCGAUUCUGAAGUGACCGUUACUGCCAAGGGUCGCGAUGUGAACAUUCAGCCAUACACUUCAUUCGAUGCUCUGCACCUUACGCCGAUGGUGAACCAAAAUCUUUUGAAGGCCGGAUACACCAAGCCGACGCAGAUCCAGCAAUAUGCUAUGCCAAUCGUCGACCAAAAGCUAGACUUGAUGGCUUGCGCUCAAACUGGCUCUGGAAAAACCGCUGCCUUCCUUCUGCCAAUCAUCAAGUCGCUAAUCGAAAAAAACGACCUGACUCCGCCUGGUGAGGUCGCUGCUCCACGUUGCGUCAUUGUCGCGCCCACGCGUGAAUUGGCUGUGCAGAUCUACAACGAGGCCCGCAAGUUCACUAGCGGCACAAUCAUGAAGGUCGAAUGCGUCUACGGCGGCACGCAAGUCGGAUUCGCGAAGGGCCGCAUGGCAAUGGGCCCUUCUAUCGUCGUUGGCACAAUGGGACGUCUGCUACACUUUGUUGAGGCUGGUAUUAUUUCCCUCGGCGAGGUUCGCUAUGCGGUAAUCGACGAGGCCGAUAGAAUGCUGGACUCUGGAAGUUUCCAAGACGACGUGCGCAAAAUGCUGGGCAACGCCCCGCCGAAGGAGAAACGAACAACGCUAAUGUUUUCGGCCACCUUCCCAGAGGAGGUCCAAAAUGUCGCCAAAGAAAGCUUGCGUGAUGACCAUGUGAUGCUCGCCGUGGACAAGAUCGGUUCGGCCAACAAAUGUAUCACGCAGUCGUUUGUUGAGGUAUCUGACAGGUCGGGUAAGCGCGAGAAGCUGCUGGAACUUCUCAAUUUCGACAUGAAGAAAUAUGAGUUGGCGCCCGACAGUGAGGUCUUCAAACAGAAGACUCUGGUCUUCGUUAACCGCAAAAACCUUGCUGAUCAGCUUGGCAUCUUCUUCUCGGAGCGAGGCCUGCCUUCUACAACAAUGCAUGGCGAUCGUGGUCAGAAAGAUCGCAACGAGGCGCUCCACGACUUCAGGAUGGGAAGAAAGCCCGUUCUGCUAGCGACUGCAGUUGCCGAACGCGGAUUGGACAUUCAAGGCGUCGAUCACGUCAUCAACUAUGACCUGCCGACUUGUAAGGAGGAUUACGUACACAGAAUCGGUCGUACUGGACGCGUCGGCAAUGCUGGUCGGGCAACUUCAUUCUUCGACAUGAGCGACAACAAUGAUCUCAACCUGGCCCCUCACCUCGUGACUUUGCUUGCGGAGGCCAACCAAGUUGUGCCGGACUUCCUGCAGUCGGCUGGCGGCGGCGGUGCUCCAUCGUCUGGCGGAUUCGGAGCUGGCAUGUCUGUCCCGACGGCUGGUGGCGACGACGAGGUUUGG